AUGGAGAAAAAUGAACGAGAAGAUACAGAAGAUAAUGGUUCCUGGGAAGAAGAUGAAAUAAAUGAAAGCCAUCAAAGGAGAAAAAAGAAGGUUGGCUGUUCAUACCUAGGAAAUGCUGGAUGGGCAAGACAAACGGUUAUUGCACCUGGAGAUGGGCACCUGCUAGAUU